AUGUUUGAAUCAUUAGUUGCCAAUUUGUUAAAUCGGUUUUUAGGCGCUUACCUUGAGAAUUUCGAUUCGAAACAGUUGAAUAUUGGGAUAUGGGGCGGGGAUGUUAAGCUAACCAAUCUCAGGUUAAAGAAGGAGAGUUUGGACAAGUUCAAGUUACCAAUAGAUGUCAAAUUUGGCCACCUUGGAGUAUUGACUCUACAGAUACCUUGGUCAAAUUUGAAGGGAAAACCUGUUCAAAUCAUAAUUGAAGAUCUUUACUUACUCGCGGUGCCUAUAAUAUUGCAGAAUUACGAUGCAGAUGAAGACGAGAGGCGCAAACAAGCAGUGAAACAAGAUAAACUAAAGGAAUUAGAGUUUGUUUUGCAAACAAAGAGCCAAGAAUUGGGUAAAGAAGAUCUUGCAAAUGAAACGUUUACAGAGUCAUUAAUGACCAAGAUUGUUGACAAUUUACAAGUGACUAUCAAAAAUAUACACAUUAGAUAUGAGGAUAAAUCGGUAUUAACGGAGACGCCGUAUACUUUUGGAGCCUCUCUAAAGGAAUUAUCGGCAGUUUCUACCGACGAAAAUUGGCAACCUUCGUUCAUUUCCAUUACUCAAGCAUUUACAAGAAAAUUGUUGAAACUAGACAGCUUAUCCUGCUAUAUGGACACUCAAUCGCCAAAUUUGUUUUCAGAGCUCAAUAAUGACCAAUUGUUGGACUGUUUUAACAGUGCCACCACAAGCAGCGAGUAUCUUGUGAAGCCAGUUACUGGUAAUGGCAAGCUAACUGUCCAUAAAGCAGGAACAACCAAAACCACACCGCAUAUCAACUCAGACUUGUGCUUUGAUGAAUUUGGACUAGAAUUAAAUACUCAACAGUAUCAAAACAUAUUGUGGACAGCUUCGAAAUUUCAUUGGUAUAUCAAAACAGAAAAAUUUCGAAGACUAAGACCGAAACAGCCACCAAGCGAAGCCCCUAGAGAGUGGUUCAAAUACGCCGCUCAAUGCAUUUUGAAUGAGAUUCACGAAAAUAAUUACAAAUGGAGUUGGGAGUACAUGGAGAAAAGAAGAGAUCAAAGAUUAUUGUACAUAAAACUUUGGAUGCUUAAGCUUUCUAAAAACUUGGGAGAACUAGAACAAAAGGAAUUGGAGAAACUAGAAUGGGAUCUACCAUUUGAGGAUAUUAAAUUUUAUAGAGCACUUGCACGGAAUAAAAUUCGAAAAGAAAAUAGCCAAAUUGCAUUGUAUGACACCAACAAGGCAGCACAAAAGAAUGAGAAUCAAAACAAUAAGGGAUGGCUUUCAGGAUGGUGGAGCGGCAGCACCAGUUAUGCGCAAGAGAGCGAAAAGAAGCAAACGUUAGAAGCUGAUGGUAGUGAUGCUGUUACCGAGUUGUCCCUCUCAGAUGAGCAGAAAAAGGAACUCUACAACACAAUUGACUAUGACGAACAAGCACAAGUUUCAGUUAUUGACUUACCCAAGGAUUACGUGAAAGUGCGGGUCAGCACCUUUUUAAAAAGAGGUGGAUUAGUUAUUAGAAAAAACGACGCAAAUGAAUUAGCAGAGGUUAUUUUUGAAGGAUGCAAAACGCAAUUUUUCCAAAGACCAGAUUCUUUCCUUGCGGGGUUCCAAAUGCAGGAGUUUAGAAUUGAAGACGGAACUGGGUCAAGUAUUUAUAAACACAUGGUGAGCGUUAAGCAAGCUGCCGAACUAAAUCAACAAAAUGAAAAGGAUUCAAACAGUCCCUUUUUCCAAGCUCAAUAUGAACAAAACCCACUUGACGGUACCGCCGACUCCAGUCUUUCAGCACAGCUAAAGUCUAUGACCAUUUUUUAUAAUCCAAAGUUUAUUGAAGAAAUCAUUGUCUUUUUCACGCCUCCAAAAAUUCACUUGGAUACUAUUGGCGCGAUAAUGAAUGCUGCUGAAGCAUCGAUUGAAGGAUUGACCGCACGUACCAGAAUGGGUUUGGAAUACGUUUUGGAAGAACACAAGACAAUAAAUUUGAAGCUAGAUUUACAAGCGCCCUUAAUAAUCGUGCCUCUUGAUCCUUCGAGCUUUAAGUCACCGGUUGCGAUAUUGGAUGCAGGUCAUAUCAGUGUUAUUAGCAACUUGGUAGAAAGAUCAAAAAUCAAGGAAUAUAAAGAAAAGGAAAAGUAUACAGAUGAGGACUGGAAAAAUUUACAGAACCUAUUAUACGACAAAUUCAAUGUGUAUUUGAAUGACAUUGAAUUUUACGUUGGCAAUACCAUUAAACUGACUAUGGAGCAGUUGUAUGCUGAUGAGGAUUCAAGACCAGCACGUAUGUUGAAUAAUUUGAGUUUGCAGUUUAGUCUUGGUAUUUCCAUACUACCAGACGCUCAAAAUCUUCCAAAAAUAAAGGCAGGUGGAAACGUUCCUAAAGUGAGCAUUGCCAUGAACGAUUUCCAGUAUAAAACCAUUUUGGAAAUCAUGGAUGCCAUGGUAGCGGUACUACCCGAUGUUACUUCUGAUAUACCCGACGACAAUUCCAGCGUUUUCAAUGCUUAUGGUAACUAUCAACAGAAUGACGGGGUUGAUGUUGAAAAAACGACACAACUUACCAAGAAGGAGGAUAAUGAUAAUGAUGUGGAUAAAGACAAAGAUAAGGGUAAGGGUAAGGGUAAAGAUAAAGAUAAAGAUAAAGAUAAAAACAAGGCUGAAGAACAGCGCUUAUUUGAAUCCGAAUUUUGUAUUGACACAAUCGAGUUGGCUAUUUCAAGGUGCAUUGAUGGUGUUUCACUAAAAGAUGAGCCUUUGAUUGGCUUGACCGGUGAUGCAUUACAAUUGCACUUAUUCAAGACAGAAACUGACCUACAUUUGACAUUGUCACUUUUAGAUAUGAGUGUUUUUGACAGAAUGGAGACUUCUGGCGUUGAAGAGUUUAAGAAAUUGAUGUCAUCUGAUAUUGAAGGGGAGAAUGAUCGAAAAUUGUUAGCAUUGAGUUUAGUGCGUAAGCAACGAGUGGUUGAGUUCAACAACAAACAAAUUGAAGUUUUUGACCAGGAGAUAGACCUCCAAAUAGCAACUGUCAAGUUUGUACUUACAAGAAAGACUAUUUUGGAUUUCAUAACUUUUUCAAUGAAUACCUUUACAGAUCCUAAUGCCAAACCAACACCCGCGGACGCAUUGAAUCAUAAUACUGGUGAAAUUGAGGAGUUAACGCCACAAAAGAUAAAUAUGAAGAUAAAGUUGGAUAGCAUUAUUAUGAUUUUGAAUGAAGAUGGUCUCAAACUAGCUACUUUGGAGUUGGACUCUGCAAACAUAGAUUUGUUUUUACUACCAGAAUCAAUUGAUGUUCAAGGUAACUUAGGAGCGCUCACGUUGAAAGACGACAUUAUCGGUGAUACAUUGAAGAACUCAACGUGGCGUAACUUGAUCCACAUGGAUGGAGACAAUUUGGCAGAAUUUAGUUAUAAAACUUUCGAUAUUCAAAGCGGAAGACCAUCUGAAGUUGAAUUUAGAACAGGAUCGCUAUCGAUAACUUUUAUUGAAAGCUCGGUUAACAGAAUACUAGAGUUUUUAAGUCAGUUUAUGAAAAUGAAGGCUAUUUACGAUAGUGCUAGAGAAGCUGCAAUGAACCAAGCAACCCAACUACCAGCAAGAGUAAAAUUUGAUAUUUUGGUACGCGCUCCUACAAUUAUAUUUCCCUUUAUUGACAAGGGAAAUGAUAAAAUAGUUGCUAACUUAGGAGAGAUUUAUGCGCGCAAUGAAUACAAGGAUGAAAUCAAUGCAAUAACUUCAGGUAUCAGGAAAGUCAGCUUGGUUUCCAGCUUUUACUUUGACAACGUGGAGCAGCAUUUGAGUAUUGUUGAGAAUUUGGACAUUGUAUUCAAUGCCGAUUGGUCUGAAAAUUAUGUGCAAGGUGUACCUACAUUUGAAAUUCAAGGAAAGAUGCCCGAGCUAGAAAUAAGUUUGACUGAGAUGCAAAUCAAACUCUUGAGUGAACUCUCCACCUCCAUUGGAGACGCGUUCACUUUUGACACUUCAGAGCAAGAUUUGAAGGACAUUCAAGAAGACGCUCAAUUUGCAAAUGAGGUUUUAAAGCACAACACAAACAAGGUGAACCCGCAACAAAAGCAAAUUAUUCAGACAACAAAUUCAACUGGAAAACCACCUUUACUUUUACCUCCAUCUUCAUCUCCACCACCACCCCUGGAGGUGCAAAUUCCCUCAGACCAUAUUAUGGUGGACUUGAAGUUUACGGUUCCACUAUUAGCGCUUACCCUAUACAAUAAAACACUUGGAUCCAAAGAUGUUAGCGAGCUUCUGCUAUCCAAGUUCUCUUUGAAUGGCCUAAAUAUCAACUUUGUGAGUGACCAAAGUACUCAUUUCAAAUCGGACCUAAAGAUCACCUCCUUUGUUGUUGAAGACGUUCGAAAGCACACUCAGAGCAAAUUUCUUACAUUGAUUCCUGCAGUAGAAGGUGUAAAAGACCAGUUUGUUUUGAGCGCCAACUCGUCCGGUGACCCUGAGGAUAAGAAUAUAACCAUAUUGUUGACAGUUGAAAAACCAACCGCCGUUUUGGCUCUCGAUUACUUGUUUGAGUUGCAAGCAUUUUUUGAACACUCAAUGCUGCCGCAAAGACCAGAGCUAACACCCAGAAAUUCUAGAAAGUCAGUUGUUCUGAUUUCGCAAGGAUCAAAGAAACCUCUUGUGAACGAGGUGGCGUCUACUACUUCGAAAGUUGGGUUUUCUAUAAACGUAACCAAGCCAUCUGUUUUUUUGCUCGCGGAUGAUUCAAAAGAAGACACUGAAGCUGUUGUUUUCAAAAUUGAACAAAUAUUGAUCACAAAACAGAACAUCAUUUCUUUAGCUAUGAGUAACAUUGGAAUGUACUUAACACGAAUGGACGACCCUAGAAAUGCCAGUUACAGAAUCAUUGACGAUUUCUCAGUUUCGUUUGCUUAUGACGAUAGAGGGUCGACUCCAGCAAAAUCACGUGCAAGAGUUCAAGCAUCGGUCGAGGCUUUGAUUUUAAGGGUAUCACUAAGAGAUAUAAGAUUGGGUUAUGCAACUGUUCAAAGAGCAAAUGACUUAUUUGCAAAACAUCAAGAUUUGAAAACAAACAGAGAUGGUACCUUUGUUGACAAUUUCAAAAAGAAGGUUUCUGAAUAUGCGCCAAGCAUAAUUUCAUCAAUGUCAGAAGAGACAGAUAAUGUUGUUGCUACGGGCGACGGUGGUGGAGACGAAGAAGGAAAAAGUGUUGAAGUUGACAAAGGCGAUGAGGAACUCACCGCCAGUGUUGGCGGGUUGAGAUUCGUUCUUAUUGGUGCUGUUUCGGAAUUACCAGUACUUGAUAUGAACUUGGAGCCCUUUGAAUUGAAAGCUCUCAACUGGUCUACAGAUUUGAGCGCAGAAUUACAUAUCGAGACUUUUGUCAACAUUUUCAACUAUGCCAACUCCUGUUGGCAGCCCUUGCUCGAACCUUGGCCAGUUUCUAUUUAUGCUUCAAAAUUGCAAGAUCCAGAAUCAAAAUUGCAAGUUGAAACCGUCUCGCGACAACUUGCGCAAAUCACCAUUACUUCAAGGUCAGUUGCACUAUUAUCUCAAACGCAAACAUUGCUUAGCAUGGAUGAAAAAUUGAAACCCAGAGGUCAAGAUUACCCAUUUGUGAUUGUAAAUGACACUGGCUUAGACCUUACAAUUUGGACAAAUGGUAAUGAAGAAGCCACGAAAACAGAGAUCAAUGACCAAGAAAGAAAACCUUGGACUUUUGAAGACUGGAGAACGAUUCGUGAAAACUUGGAUGCAGAUACUGCCAGUACGUUGGGUCUUGCCUUCAAAAACAAUGAUUAUGAAAAAAUUAGCGCCAUAUCUGCCGCUAGAGUGGGCGAGGAGUUGUAUGUCCUUAACCCCCCUGUUAACGGUGUACACAACCGCUUAGCUGUAAAUAUCCAAUUGCGUGAUGAUAAUGUUAAAGUCAUCAAUAUAAGGUCUACAGUUUUGAUCGAGAAUGACGCUGAUAUUCCAAUUGCUGUAGCUACCUUUGAUGAGAAAGAUUCAAUAAUCCAUAUAGAGUCUAAAAAAAGCAGAGCUGUACCAAUAAAUUUAGUCUACGAAGGCAAAUUGAGAAUCAAACCGCAGUUACACACUUCAUUUGGAUGGUCAGAGGAAUCGAUUGGUUGGAAGGACUUGAUGAAGAAACCAAUGUCCUUGAGAUGUCCUUCAAAAAGUAAGCAAGACUCUUCCGUGUAUUAUUUCCAAAUAGAAGCUGCAUUUGAUCGAGACGAAACUUUGGCAAGAAUAUAUCCUCAUUUCAACUUGAUUGUGUCUGCACCGUUGGAGAUUGAGAAUUUGUUACCAUACGAUUUCAAGUAUCGUUUGUAUGAUAAAAACUCUAGGAAAGAAUGGGCAGGAAGUGUCAAGAAGGGCGUUAAUAGUUAUGUCCAUGUUGUAAGCUUGGAUAAUUUGUUGCUACUAAGCGUGGAGCCAGAGAAUUGCGGGUACAACAAAUCUGAGUUUGCAAUAAUAAACGGCACCAAGACGAGCGAAUUUACUCGUGAACAAACAAUGGUUCUUCGAGGCAAAAACUCAAAUACACUUCGAUUGAAUAUUCAUUACCCCAAAAAGCAGGCGGAUAGUACUAGUUUGAAAGUUGUUGUUUACAGUCCAUAUGUCAUAUUGAACAGAUCCAAUUUAAACAUUUUCGCUAAUGAACGUGGAAACAUAUUCGAGUCACCCAGUAGGGCGAGCGAUGGCCGCGAGAAUUAUCCAACAAUGUUUUCGUUUGAUAAAUUUGGAGAUCGGAAGAAUCGGGCAACGAUAAAAGCAGAUGAUACGGUUUGGUCACUCCCUGUCAGUUUUGACGCGAUCGGACAAUCCAAUCAAGUGAAAUUACAACUUUUGGGACAACAAAAGGAGAUCAACUUAGGUAUUUCGAUACUGGAGGGUGAAGGUAAAUACAAUUUGACCAAGACCGUGACGGUGGCUCCUAGAUAUGUACUAAUUAACAGACUUGAUAUGGGCUUAGGUGUAGUUGAGGAAGGAUCUACCCAGCUGAUAAAUGUCGAUAUGGGUGCUUUAUUGCCACUUUACGGACUACGCUGCUUAGACAAGACAAACCUACUCCUCAGACUCAGAAAUUCUUCAAAGUGGUGUCAACCAUUUUGUAUUGACGAUGUUGGCCAACUAUUUGUGAAGGUUCAAAACAGCGAUGAAAGACAGAUAUUACUCAAAGUUACUAUGCUACUAGAGGAAGCUACAAUGUUCAUACAUGUUGAAAAUGCCAAUAACCAAUGGCCUUUUGCGAUUAAAAAUUAUACUAACGAGGAGUUUUACGUCUACCAGAAUGACCCAAACAUCAAUGCCGAUGGUGAAGUUGUGAAGAAUGAUACUCCAUAUAAACCCAUAUACUACCAAGUACCGCCAAAGAGUAUUAUGCCGUAUGCCUAUGACUAUCCCAAUGCUAUAGUAAAAGAGUUGAUCGUGAGGUCCCAUGGAAGGGAGAGGUCCGUAAACUUAUCUGAAAUUGGAAAUUUAAGACCAUUUAGACUCCCACCAGCCAGUGGCAAAAGUCAAGUUGUUAUUGACUUGAAUGUUUGUGCUGAUGGACCUACUCAAACUUUGGUUAUCACAGACUAUGAUCCAUCCAAAAGCAUAUAUAGCAUUGCGGAAGAGACUGCUUCUGGUGCCUCUUUGUCAAAAAGUCAAAGUCAUUUUGAAGCUGCCAAAAUUGAGGAAAAUUACACCACUAAGAUAGUGACAAAAUUUGAUGGUAUUGGUAUCUCUUUGAUCAAUACGAAUGAGGAAGAGUUGUGCUACAUUACCAUUAAGGGACUUGAGUUUCGAUACAAUGAAUCAAACAUUUAUCAGACCUACAGUAUGAAGUUGAAAUGGAUUCAAAUAGACAACCAACUACAUGGGGCUAUGUUUCCUAUUGUUCUUUACCCGUCAGUGGUGCCCAAGACAGGCGAGGAAUUAAACGAGCAUCCAGCGCUUUCGGCAUCGGUAUGUCGAGUAAAAGAUGACACCCAUGGGGUGCUUUUUAUAAAGUACGCAACAAUUUUACUUCAAGAGAUGACUUUUGACAUUGGGGAAGAUUUCUUGUACGCCUUAAUUGAUUUUGCUAAAUUCCCUGGAGCUUCUUGGAAUAAGCAACAAAUUGAUAGACUUUGUGAGGACAGUUUGGAUAUUCCUGAGCCAUUGAAACUUAAUGAUACAAGAGAUAUCUACUUUGAAGCCUUGCAUUUGCAACCAAUACAAGCAAAUAUUUCAUUUGUACGUACUGAUACAACUGAAGUUGAAGAUAAAACCACAGCACAGAAUGCUCUAAUGUUUUGCUUUAAUGUUUUGACCAUGGCUAUGGGGAACAUCUCGGAUGCCCCUAUUAAAUUGAAUGCGUUGUUUAUUGAAAACAUUAGGGUGCCCACGCCGAUAUUGGUAGAUUCAAUACAAACUCAUUACAAGCAAGCAUUCUUUUACCAGCUUCAUAAUAUUGUUGGCUCUGCAGACUUUUUGGGAAACCCGGUUGGCUUGUUCAACUUACUCUCCUCGGGGGUUAUAGACAUCUUUUAUGAGCCAUAUCAAGGCUUUGUUUUGAAUGAUAGGCCACAAGAGCUAGGAAUAGGUCUAGCCAAAGGAGGACUCAGUUUUGUUAAGAAAACAGUGUUUGGUUUCUCAGACUCCUUUUCUAAGAUUACAGGAUCGCUUGCUAAGGGAUUAUCAGUUGCAACCAUGGAUCCCAAGUUUCAAGAGCGUAGACGAUUACAAAUGAAAAGAAAUAGGGUGAAUCACUUUGCUGGAGGAGCCAAUUCCUUCUUCGAGUCACUUACUUCCGGAAUUGGAGGUAUUGCAGUUGACCCCAUCGAAGGUGCUAGUGUGGGCGGUACUGCAGGUUUUUUUAAGGGACUUGGUAAAGGUAUGAUUGGAUUGCCUACCAAAACUGCUAUUGGUCUUUUUGAUUUUGCUUCUAAUGUGAGUGAAGGAAUUAGAAAUAGUGCCACAGUUUUUGAUGGCGAAGCUUUAGAUAGAGCGAGACUUCCUAGAUAUAUAAACCCCGAUGGUGUUAUCAAGCCUUAUUCAGAGCGGGAAGCACAAGGUCAAUAUUGGCUAUAUACUAUUGAUGAAGGAGCGUUUUACAAGGAGAGAUAUUUGGCACACUUGCUUCUUCCAGGAGACGAAAUGGUGGUUCUUGUAACUUACAGGCAAAUCAUUCUAUUUGAUAUUAGAUCAUUAAGGUCGAGAUGGAUUAUCAACUUUGAUCAGAUAAAAUCCAUUUCGGUGGCGUCAGCGGGCUUAACGAUAGAGUUGAAAAAUAGGAAUGGCCCAUUCAUCCCGAUUCCCGAUAGAAAUAAUAGAACUUUCUUGUAUCAAAAGAUAGGCAUUGCUGUGAAAGAAUACAAUAAAAAGUGCCGAGUUGCUCUUUAA